CCGCCCACCCGCUGGUGUCAUGGCCGCAGCUCUGCGGCGCGCGCUCUGCAAGUGGGGCCGAGGGUCGAGGCUCCUCCCCCCGACUCUGCCCCGGACACAGACCCCGACUCCCCGGGGGUGGCGGCGGGUGCAGGUGGGGGUGGCGGCUGCCCUGGCCGCUGUGCCCGUGGCUCCACAGAGCCCGUUGCUCUCUCUCUCACACGAAGAUUUAAUCAAGCGAGCGGCGUCGUUAGCAACCGACGGAGCCAACACCUUCCUGUCACAGACCACUCUAGCGUUCGCCGAAGCUCUGACACGAUACAACAAGGCUGUGUAUACCCUGGUCUCUCUCCAGCAGCGGUACACUGAGCUGGCUCCCCGCAUCACAGGCAGUGAGGAGGAUGCUGUGUGGCAGGUUAUCGUUGGAGCUCGAGUCAAGAUAAAGGAGCAGCAGGAGGCAUGUCUGCAGUUCGAGGCCAAGUGGCUGACAGCGGUGAAGUUGUCUGAGAUGGCAGCUGAGGCAGCAUAUCAAGCAGGAGCUGACCAGGCCUCAGUGACGGCCCGCACACAGCUGGAGCUGUGCCAGGGGCGUGUGGAGGAGCUGAGGGAGCAGGCAGUAAGAGCCGAAGGCAACCUGGCUCAGAUCCAGGCAGAGGACAUUCGCCGGCAGCGACAAGCGGAGCCAGGGAGAGAGACCCCGACACCCGCUGCAGCCCCCGCCCCAGAGGAGGAGAUUCCAGAGCAGUACCUGAGGGAAGACUGAGGCUGUGAAAUGCUUUGCGACGCGUCGGUAAUAAUAAUAACCCUCGCAUUUGAUACAGCGCCUCAUCACAUCGUUGAGACGUCUCAAUGCGCUUCACAGAAUACACUGUAUAGUGAAGUGACUGUGUAUUUUAUGGGCAAAACGCGGCAGCCAUUCAAGCACAGCAAUUAACAAUCAUUAUUAUUAAUAGUUAUAUAAUCACCACUUAUACGAUGAUGAAUUAUCAAUGUGAUAAGGUACUGCAUCAAAUGCAAAGAUUCUUAUUCUUAUUACAGUAAACCUCUCGUAAGCUGUAUCAGUUGGGACCAUAUAAUUAAUAAUUGUAUGUCAAACUUGCAUAGAAUAUAAAUAUCUUGAACGGGGCUUGGGCAGGUGUAUGACUUGGGCAAUUAUACGAUUUAUACAGAGCAGACUUGUGCGAGUUUUACUGUAUUAUUAUUGGUCACGGGAAAGAUGGUGGCGAUGUUUCGAGCUGUUAAAGUUCACUGUGAAAAUACAAUGUCGUUUUCUUUGA